UUUUUUUUUUUUUUGCAUUGUAAUGUGUAAUGUAAUUCAUUACUUUACCAAAGUAAUUGUAAUUUAAUUAAUUACUUAUAUGAAUGAAAGUAACAGUAAUUGUAAAGGUGAAAAUUCCAAUGUAAUUGUAAUUUAAUGCGUUACAUUUUAAAGUAAUUGACCCCAGGUCUGGUCAUGUAUAGCAUAAUGAAAAUACACUAGGUAAAAAACAAAAUUUGAAGAUAAAAGGGGGAAGAAAAAACAGGUAUCCCUUUAAGACAUAUUUUCAAGGUAAUAACUUAAAAUAAUGGGAAUAUUGAAGUCGAUUGAGUACACUAAAUCGACUUUUGAUAUCAUAUAUAUACAGAUAUAUAUGUGUAUUAUAUAUAUAUGUAUAUUGUAUAUAUACACACACAAUAAUAAUAACAAUAGAUAUAUCAAAGUCAAUCGAGUAUACUAAAUUGACUUGAUAUAUAUAUAUAUAUAUAUAUAUCUUUAAAAUAAUGGGAACAUCAAAGUCAAAUGAGUAUACUAUAUCAACUUUUGAUGUUAUACAUACACACACACAGAGAUAUAUAUUAGAAAUAUCAAAGUCAAUUGAGUAUAUAUACUAAUUUGACUUUUUAUACCAUAUAUCAUAUUUAAUAUACUGAUCUCUGAGUGUUGCAUGUUGGUUUUAGUGCAGUAUUUUCUAUAUAUAUAUAUAUAAUAUAUAUUAUAUAGUCUAUAUAUAAUAAUUUAUGUGUACUAUUUCUGUUUUAUAUAUUAUAUAGAUCUAUAUAUAUAUAUAUAUAUAUAUUUGAGUGUGUACAUGUGUGAGCUAAUGAUAUAAGAGAGGGAGAGAAAAUUUAUUACACUAUACAAUAUAUAUAUAUAUAUAUAUAUCCCCCCCCCCCCCCCCUCCUACUUUCUCAGUGAAUGCUGGCAGUGCAGUUCUGAGCAAUAAGGGAUCUUGUUCAUAUAUAUGAUAUUUCGUGUAUUAACAAUUUUGCAGUCGUCUGCGCAGCUGGGGGCAAUGUGUUUAUGAGAUUAAUUUGUAUUGUUCCUCAUGUUGUUAAAAUAUUCAGCACAUUACUUCAUUAUGUCAUUUUUCUGUGCCAGACUUAUGAUUUUCAGUCAAAGUGUAACCUGUAAUACGAACGUGUACCCCCACAAAAAAAAUACCAAAAGAAUCUACGUAUCCUCUAUAACCAUGAAAAAAUUAUCGUUUUAUUCAACAAAAUUCCAUUAAUGAGCAAUAAAAUUCUGCAAAUAUAUAUUCUUUAUCACGAUUUGAACUGAAAAAACUAGCGGAAGUCAACUGAUUCGAAUUUAAAUUACCGUAGAUAAAAAUUUUCUCGCACGAUCAGACUUAAUUUCAUACCACCGGGCUCGACAUUUUGUGUUCUUUCGGAAUCUGAUGUGUGCGCAUACAUUUAAAAAUAGACUAAUUUUCGAUAGCCCUCGCGCAUGUACCAUAUCCUAAUAGAAAGAAACAGAAGCGAGAUAAAUAGAAUACCCGUGACGUCACAGUUUCAGACGCAGUAUUUCAAAUAUGGCUGACUGAGCAGGAGACGGGAAGUUUGAUAGUGAAACGUCCCUCAUUCACCUGGUGGAGAGCGUGCUGUUGCUAUUAACUAUAACAUGUUAGGAGCCCCAUCGAGACAGACAUUUGCUCUAAAUACGCUCUAAGUGUGCUGAAAGUAUACACACUGACAUAUUCUUUGCUCAAAACUAGGCUUGACCCCGCCCAUCACAUUUUGCGAAGACAAUUUUCACUUUCGGUUUAGGUUGGGGGAAAAUCGCAAGUUGUAUCUAGUAGGAAAACAAGCCUCAAGUAAUGCCACGUGGAGGAGGUAGGAGUUCCGGUGGGUCUAGUGGUAGUAGCAGGAGUUAUGUCAACAAUUCCUACAACCGCAGUUUGGGGCGAGUUGGGAUGCCUGUGGGCUCAAUGGUGGUAUCCAGUGGAAGUAGUAGGCCUUCUUCCGCGAGCGCUAGUUUUCUAGGUUCAGGUUAUUCUGGCAGCGGAAGAACUUACGUGGACAAUUCGCAGAAUCGAAGUCUUGGUAGAGUUGGAAUGCCUGUUGGAUCCAUGCCUGUUUCAAGUUCGAGUGGCGGAUCGUCUGCUCCAAGAACAUAUGUGGAUAACGCACAGAAUAGGAGAUUAGGCAGAGUAGGGAUGGAGCAUGGUACCAUGGUUAAUUCUAAGGAUUCAUCUGGAUCUGGAAGUUAUGGGGGAACGAAGUACUAUGUUGAUAAUUCAAUGAACAGAAGUCUUGGUCGGGUGGGCCUCCCACACGGAGCAGCUAACUCUUUUGGAGAGGUUCGAUUGUACAAGGAUAAUCCAUUUAACCGAAAACUAGGACGUGUAGGAAAACCGGUUGGAACAGCGGUUCAGUCAAACUCUGGAUCAGGAGAUUACCGAGUUUACGUGGACAAUGCGGAAAAUCGCCAUCUUGGAAGAGUUGGAUUUCCACUGGGAUCCAGGCCCAGAGCUUCGUUCUCCGGGAAAAAGCGGACUUACUGCGACAACUCUAUUAACAGAGCAUUAAAUAGGGUUGGAUGUGAGCUCGGAACAAAAGCCGUAACAUGCAGCAAAGAAACAGAGUGGCUUCACAAAGCAUAUCUCAGAUACAGGGAAUACCCAGAUGAAGAUAUGGAAUACCAGAACUUGCCAUAUUUACCAGAGGAAAUAGAGGAGGAGGCAAUUGAGAAAUUAAUUCAUCUAGUAAACAGGUUGCAGUUUGAAAGAGAGUGGCGGGGAAAGGCAGAAUCAAAGGCUGUUCCAAAGACAUCGGAUACACUACUACACUACACAGGGCCGACUGUCGAGUUUUCUGAUCUGACUCUUGGAAAAAUCAUAGGUAGAGGUUCAUUUGGCGUUGUUUAUCAUGCAAAGUACAAAGAAUCGAUAGUUGCUGUAAAGAAGUUGCACGUCACAAGAGUUUCAAAACGUCGUCAAACUGAGUUCAGCGAAGAGGUCAAUAUCCUAAGCCGGCUUGACCAUCCCUUUAUUGUAAAAUUCAUUGGUGCAUGCACCACAACGCCAAAUCUUUGCAUUGUUAUGGAGUACAUGCAAAUGAGUUUGCAUGAAGCACUGCACGUGGACUGUGCCGAUCUUGCUGACUUUACAGACGAAGACCGUUUGAUGAUGAUUAUGCAGACACUGUCAGGUAUGGAGUAUUUACAUGAUAAAAAGCUGGCACAUUGCGAUGUAAAGUCCAGAAAUAUUCUAAUUGAUCACGAUGGAGAGAAGUUUACUGUCGCCAAGCUGACAGACUUUGGUUUGAGUAUGAUGAAGAAUGAAACUGAAGCAUCUUUGUCAUCAAAUCAUGAAAUGGUACGCAACAUUGGAACACCCCGUUAUUCCUCUCCGGAGAUCCUUCGCGGUGAACUUAUGACCUUAGACCAGAUGAAGAUGAGCGAUAUGUAUUCAUACGCGUUGGUUGUAUUUGAAAUUGUCUGCGAAGAGGAGCCAUUUUCCAAUUUAAAUGCAGCACAGUUGCGCACUCAGGUUGGUGAGAAGAACUUGUACCCUCAGUUUCCUAAUGAUAUUUACCCCGAUGUUGAUCUGAUGACCCAGUUGUUGGCAUGUUGGGAUCGGGAACCGACCAAUCGUCCAACGGCAACCAGUUUUCUGAAAGUUGUGAAUCGUUUGUCCUGCGUUUAUGAAACAUCGUGAACAAAGUCUUUGAAUUUAAUGAAGCCAUUUACAUGUAUUAUAUUUUAUCAUGUAUGAUUUUGCUGAAUGUUCAAUAGCAACUCAUUUGCUUUUUAUACAGUACAAACAUGACUGAUCGAGACUUUCAACAUAUUUCUUGAAAGCUUGGUACAUCAUUUAUCCUCAUCCUUUAACCUUUUUAAUGGCGGUUUUUCUGGAUCGUAUUACCCCAAGCCAUGUGAUCAUUUUGGAAAAAGACAAUAAUUUUAGAGAUAUUUUAAAUUAUACUGUAUGUAUAAUGUUGCAGGCAUCUUUAAAGUUUAUGUAUAUGUUAUAGCGACCCAGUAGUUAAUAAAUUAUAUUUUUAAAAAACUAGAUGUUAGCAAGCUGUUAUUUGUCACUUGGGUCCCUGUUCUCUUACAUAGUUCUUUUGUAACAUCUAUUUUCAUUCUUGAGGGGGGGGGGGGGGGGCAAUUCCAAUAAAUGAGGGGCCCAAUGUCAUCAAUGUUUUAUAUAUCUAUAACCUUACCGAUUACUUUAAAACCAGGCUGGUGAACAAUUUAUUUCCAUCAAAAUGUGCCUAGAAAAAGAUUGCAAGAUAUGCAGUGCUACACAGUGUAAAACACACAGAACCCCAGAAUGAUAAACGACAGAUUUUCACUGUUCCCAGUCUAUCGUCCAACAUCAGAACCCUUUUCAUUUGGACUAUUACAUCUAAUUCAUACGAAAUCACCUUGUGUAAAUUUAUUUGUUAACUCGUAGCUAAUCCCCCUGAACAAACUCCAUUUUCUCAAACAUAUUGUAUAUAUUCAACACAGCUAUUGCAAUCUAUUACAUGUAUAAGACAUUGUUUGUAAACAUUAUUAUCGAAUUAUUUACGAAUAAAUAUUGUUUAAACUAAACACAGCUAUAUGCUAUAAUCGGGCUCUCAAAUCUGCUAGAGAGUGUUGGUAAUGUAUAACAAAAAUGUAAACUUCAUAAAUUUGUAAAUAUUUCCCCCCUUUUUGACCCUGUAUCAUGGUUAUGUCAUUACCCUUUGGGACAAAAUUUGGAUCAAAAUUUAUCAAGAUUGAAAACUAUAGCAUUCUAAUAGUAUUGUAUGGCAAUACAUAGUCCCCUACCUGCCGCAAAAAUUACUGGACCGCAACAAUAUUCGAAGUUCAUUAUGUAGGUUCUGGUAAAGGGAAAAAUUGGGGAACCAGGAUAGGAAUAAUUGGAAAUCAACUACUAUUCAGGUACAAAGACUAGAACAGGGGGAAAAAAAGAAGACAAAAAUGAACUAGCUACAUUGUUGUAUUAUUAUGCUAGAAGUUUUAAUGAGUGAAGUACUCUUAUCUACAUAAAUAAGAAACUUGGAUGUAAACUAAUAAUUCAUGCGAUUUUUCUAAGGCCAAGGGUCAUAACUUGGUGGGAAAAAAUCAACUGUCCAAGACGAAAUUCGAACGCAAAGCAAUAUACCAAAUAUCAAAUGAAUAUCUAAAAGCACAACAAAAAGUUCGAAAAACUGAACUGUGUAAUUUGGGUGAUCAUGAAUAAUUUAGCAACAUUGUAUUACUAAGCUAGAAGUUUUCAUGAGUGUAAGUACUCUUAACUUGGGUUUCUUAUUUAGCUCACCUGAGCCUUCGGUUCAGGUGAGCUAAAAAUCAUGAACAUCAUUAUAAAAUGAAUGAAAAGAAUAGCAAAGUGUCAUGUAGUUAUCAUUUAUGGAGUAAAAUGAGACAACUUUGUGUUGGAUAUAUACAAGUCAUUUAAAGGAAUAUAGGUUCUACAUGUCUUAUAAAUGUAUGAACAUAUAAAAGAAGUUAUAUUUCCCCAAAAUUAUAUGCAUGUGCAAUAACUUGUAUUUUUUUUCAAACAUCAAAGUGAGAAUCAAAAUCCUUGCAAUAUAUCUACACGUCUUCAAAUUAUUUACAAAGGCCUUAGCUUUAAUGCUGCAAGAGAAGUGUAAUGGACAAAACACGUUCUUUAUAAUAUUUCCUCAAAACUGACCAAGUUCAACAACCUGUAAUUUUCAACAACAAAAAAUUAAGAAAAUCAAAAUCCUUGCUAUAAUCUUCAAUAUCCGUACAAACACUCUGUAAAAUAAGAGGGUCCCCACUUAAAAACUGUGGGAGGAGUUAAGACAAAUUAUGUACCUCCAUAUAACAGAAAAAUUCAUAAACUGCUAUUGUUAUUUUAAAAUUAUCACUGGUUAUUCACCUCGAUAUUUGUAUCAUUUGAUAGAACCCUUUCGUUUGCAAACUCAUAUUUACAGUCUUCGAACUGGUUUACAAUUUAGAAUUCCUCAUAUUAGAACACCAUGUAUGGAAAGCCUUUUUCCUUCCACUGUCAAACAAUGGAACAACUUGCCAGACUAUAUCAAAAGUGCUUCUGGAAUUUCUUCUUUUAAGAGUCUCCUAAAUUUUUAUUUUUGUAAAAAAGGUAAUGAACUUUUUUCAUUUUGGAGAAUGUCGGUAUAAUAUAUUACAUUGUCAAAUAAGAAACAUGCAAUGCUAGCAAUCUUAAUUUAGAUUUUAUAAUCCAUGUUUAUCAGAUACUCCUCCUAUAUGUGUAGAAAUAGUACCGAUUGUAUUGAAGAUGCAUAUCAUUACUUGUUUAUCUGUUCUAAAUAUGCAACUUCUAGAACUACACUUUUUCAUGUUAUACAAAAUAUUACUAGUAGUGAUAAUAAUCAACCUGAACUUGAAUUAUUGCAAUAUGGUAGUCCCAAUUAUGGACUUGAUAGCAAUAUUUGAAGCAGUGCAUGCUUACAUUGCAGCAACCUACAUGUAAAAUUUUGCCCAUUUGUUUUCUAAACCGACACUAGUGUUGAAUAAUCGGAAAAAUUUCAUAAUCGAUAAUCGGACAUAAUCAGAAGAACUGUAUCAAUGAUCGAUAUAAUCGGUAUUUACAUGUCGUUAAUAAAUGUUUAUUAUUUUU